CACAUCACAUCACAUUAAAUUAUACAUUACAGAAAUCUGGCGGCGGAAGAAGAAAAGAAGGCGAGGGCGGGGGCAAGGGCGAGGGCGGGGCCAAGGGCGAGGGCGGGGGCGGGGGCGGUGAAGACGAAGAUGACCCAAACGAUUUGUGGGAUCCGUCAGCAAUGAAAACCAACCGGUACAGGCAGCUACAGAGGUUAAAUGUAGUUCUUCAGAGACAAGGCCUCGAAAAGAUCACUCUGAAGAAUAUGCUCGCCGUGUUAUUUAUGUACGGAAAAUUCACGUCUUAUAUCUGGUUAGACACCACUACCAAAUGCUAUGGACGCUGGUUUUCUAGUACUCUGUCCUGCUACGGAGAUGAUGGUAACUUUAUCGGCUAUUUCCCCAACACUUCCACAACCCUUGUUCCACCUGAAAAGCCUACCACCCCCAAAUCCAAGGAUAAAAAUCCUGUCUAGUUGUAAUCGUCCGCCCCGCUUAUGGUCGCAUUAUGAGUGUCUACCUAUCUAUACAUACAGUCCACUUACCAGAGUUUAAAAUUUCUUAUUAGAUUGCCUCUAAUAAGAAAUUUUAAACUCUGGUAAGUGGACUGUAAUAAAAGAUUCAUAAAAAACGCACGUUGUUUGAGUUUAAAUAAUCCCAGCAAGCGAAAGGCGACCCUAUCACCCUAUCACCUCCGAAAUAGUAUAUUAGAAAUAUUCGAUAACUAUAUAUAUUAUAUAACUCAGCACAGGAGUGCAUGCAUGUUUCAU